AUGAUUGCAAAUGCUGGAUAUGUGAUUGCAUUUGCUUGUGCACCUGGAACUACAGCAGAUGAUGGAAAGGAAAGAGAAACAAAUGGUCUAUUUACAAAGCAUAUUCUUAAACAUAUUUUAAAACCUAAUGAAGAUAUUCAAAUGAUGCUAACUGAUGUUACUAAUGGAGUGGUGGAAGAAUCAGAAUCGACUCAAAUUCCACAUAUAACCUGUAGUUUGAGACACCGAAAUAUAUAUUUGUAUGAACAAGUUACAGGUAAAUAACAAAAAUUUGAAGCAAAGUAGUCGGUGGGUAGAAUCAGGCCAGUUUUAUCUAUCAAUAUUUAAAACAGGGUAAAGUUUAGACUGAUCUUUCAUUUCUAGAUUAAAUAUAACAAAUACUUUUCGAUGCAUAAAGGCAUAAACAUUCAUUUUUAUUAGAAAAUAUGAAUUCGAUUAAAUUUUUCAAAUGUCUAACUUUUAAAAGAACUAGAGCUAUUGUGAUACGAUAAAUAUAGUUCUGAGUAAUAAUUCUGUAAUUAUUUCCGAAAAUAUAGAUAUUUGUAGCAUUGAUAAGUCUCCUCUCUCUCGCUGUUCAACGUUUUCGUUUUUGAUCACUCAAUCUUGAUAAACUUUUCGAGAUGAUACAUAGCAGACUAAAUGCCACCCAGUAAAAAUUCCAGCUUGAGAUCUUAAGUCUAACAACCGUUAGCUUAAGAUAAACGGUUAAAAUACGGGUGUGCGUGCGUUGCAGACUUUCACGUCGUUUCAAACGUUUAUAAGAGAGCACAGAUAUGGGUAGGUGAAUGUGAGCGUACUUGAGUACAAAACUGAUCCACAUCCACCCUUCAACGUGAUUAGUACGCUCGAUGUAUGAUGUGGAUGUUGGCAUAAAUGUGAUGGUUGAUUUGAGUGAUUUUUUUUGCAUCCACUCUAAUCUACACUCUUUUGUUGGUAAAUAGUAUCACUUUUAGAAAGAACUCAUAAAUUUUUCGGUCAAAAAAGUUUAAUAUAAAGUACUUCAACUAGUUUAGGAAUAAUUGUCGUUUUUCAAAACUGGUUUGUACAUAUUAAGAAUAGAUGAGACUAUAUCAAAUAUCCUUUAUUGAAAUAUAUUUAAUAUAUCUUGAUAUAUAAUUCCUUUCCUCUUUUAGUUUCAUCGAAAACACAACCGGCUUCCACAUUUCAAUCAUCAACACAGAUGUAUGAUCGUCCUUCUACUUAUAAUACUGCGUCACAGUUGCCGAUAGACAGACAGGCCGUAUACAACAGAAUAAUGGAGGCGUUGAUGUCGCCGAGCCAAUCCGAGGACUGGCGCUUGAUGGACGAGGAUGGAUACUUCAACGAGGACGGUUCUCGAACUUUCUUUUAAUGUUUCAUUACAUUUUGUAGCACUGAUCGCGAUUCAUAAGACUGUUCAAAAUAAUAAAGUGCAAAACUUAGUUUUUUCAAAUGUUUCCGUAUAGAUGUGUUUUUUUUAUGAUUAAAAUAGAGGUCUGCAUCUCCAUGACAACUGACACCAGUAUUGCCAAACUCAACAUGAGCAAAGUUCGUCCGUGGCGCUAUCGGAGUCAGUUCGUAUGAAGAUGCAGAUCCCUAGAUUAUUACAAUGCGAUAUGUUUUUGAAAUGUCCAAUUCGUCCUAAUGUUUUUCAGGACAUUUUCUUUCCACCUUUGUGUUGUUUUACACAAUUCUGCCGAUAAAACUAUGGGUGGGUAUGCGUGGAUGGGGCUGUGAGUGUGGGUUCAACUGAGGAGACAGGGUGCACCAAGACGCAUACUCGUAUCUACACCCACACACCAUGUUCGCCCCACCCAUACCUGGACUGGCCCUGCCGUUUAUCGUUACCGGUAGCAACAUUCGAGCAUAGUCCAAAGCCAGAAAUGAUUUAGCACCUGAAGAUGUUUCCUCGUGAGUUACCAAGGGUGAGCGUGGGGCGCGUGAGUGAGGGUGUGGGUGUGGGUGUGGGUGUUGGUGUGGGUGUGGGUGUGGGUGGUGUGGGUGGGGAUGUGGGUGUGGGUGUGGGUGUGGGUGUGGGUGUGGGUGUGCGUGUGAGUGUGAGUGUGGGUGUGAGUGUGAGUGUGGGUGUGAGUGUGAGUGUGAGUGUGGGUGUGAGUGUGUUUGUGAGUGUGGGGUGUGAGUGUGGGUGCGGGGUGUGAGUGUGGGUGUGGGGUAUGAGUGUGGGUGUGGGAUGUGGGGUGUGAGUGUGGGUGUGAAUGGGUGGGCGUGGCUGUGUUAGUGUUGGGAUCCCUUUAGUUCACAUCUCCAAUCACAUAGCCGCUCGCGCCC